AUGUCUGUGCAGGUUGAUAAUGUGCUAGAAACACUUCCUAGUCAACUAUUAUCCGAAUCGAAGUGUUCUAUGAAUGAUUGCAAUCAAAUUUCAACAGUAUGGGUAGAAUGUGAAGAUUGCAAGAAAUUAUUUUGUCUCAAGCAUCGAAAUCAACUUGAUCAUAAUUGCAUCAACUUGAAGAAAGAUAAUAAAAUACAAAUUAAACCUCAAAUAAAUGUAAACACUAACACCGGUACUAAUAAGAGAAAAGGGCCCAUGAGUGAAAAAGGAAAGAAAACUGCUACUAUUAUCUCUGCAAUGAAGCUUAAAAUGAAAGCAACCGGAAGUUCUAGUAUACCACAGGAGGAAAGAUUAUAUUUUAAUAUUGUAUUACCAGAUGGACAGAAAAUUCCAAUGUUCUUUUCUUCGAAAUGGGCAGGUGGUAAGGUCCUAGACAAUAUUCUUUACCAUAGAAAAACUCUGGGCUCUAACUCUAAGGGAAUUGGCACUAAAUCACUUAGCUUCGAUUGUAAUUGUGCGUAA